GCAGGCAGAUUCGACUUGACUUUUCAGUUGUUCAGAUCGUUGGCGCGGAAGAAAAUUGAACGAGAUAACAGUUUGUGUGGAUAGAGAAGUGUAGUGUGUUGAUUUGUUUUUGGUUUGUCGAGCUGCGUGUGGGAUGAUUUAGGAAAAUUUAGAACAUCAAAAAUUUGAAAGAGUUUUUAAAAUUAGAAAAAAUGUCGCAACGAAAUGGGAAGUAAAACAAAAAAUAAACAACCAAGUAUUAAUGCGAAAAACAAAUAAAAGUGGGUGAUGAAAGAUUGAAGAGUGCGACAUCCUGGAAUGUUUGGCGUGAGGGAUGGAUAAAGGAAUAGAAGCUGAAAUAAAUAUAAUUGGAAAAAGAUCGAGAAAAAAAGUGAUGUGAAGAAGGAGGAACAAACGAAAAAGUGUUAGGGCAAAAGGUGGAACAAUUUUUAAAUAUAAAAAAAAUGCAUUCGUUUCUUAAAGGAAUAACGAAAUAAAUUUAAUUUGAGAAAAACCAAAGUUAAUGUGAAAGUGGUUAAAAAAUAAAGGGAAUUAUACAUCCAGCUUGUUUUGAUAUGCAGUUUUAUAUGCGUUUAUGUAUGUAUGUAUGCACAUAUAAGCAUUUCUGAUUACGCAUUUUUGUGCCAAAUAUAAUUGAAGCAAAACAUUUUAAAAAUUAGAUAACCUAAAGCUAUUUAAAAUUUUCACUAGCUAAAAAUAGUUUAAUAUACAAAAAGGUUUUGUGUAAAAAACAAUUCAGAUUUUUCAUUAUCACAAAAGUUACGAAAGAUUGUGUAAAAAGUAUACACUUAACAGCAAACGGCAAAUAAAAAAUAGUAGCAGUGAAAAUUGUGCGCCACCGCAAAGCGUCGAAGUGAUAAGUAAAAUUUAAUAUCUGCUCAUUAACAUUGCGCAGUUAAACUCAAUUUAGCAAAAUAAUAAUAAUAAUAAAACAAAAACAAAAAAAAUUAAAAAAAAAAUCAGGCAAUUAAUAUUGUGGAAAAAACGCUUUAAAAUAUCUGUCGACCGGUUCGCGCUGUUGGCAAUUGCAAUUAGCUUGCUCGCUCGUUGAGGUGUUUGCAUGAACUACAAGAGCAACAACAACACCAGUAAGGGCUAAAAUUAAACGUUUGCGAACAACUUGAAAAUUGAAAUGAAGCAAAAUGUAAAAGAAAUUAAGUUAUGUGCAUGCAAGAGAAAUGAAUAAAAAAAAAAUAAAAUAAAAUAAAAAAAAAGAAUAUUAGAAAGUAUAAUUUAAAAUGAAAACAAAAAAAAAAUUUAAUGCAUAAAAAUUAUAAUAUUAGCUAAAAAGGUGUAAUGCAACACUAGCAGUUAAUUCAAAAGUAAUUCAAAAAUAUUAUUUUCAUGAAAACGCGCAAAUACGCGUCUAUAAAUGUUACGAAAUUAUUUUGGCACCCCAUUUGGCAACGGAGCAUAGCAUUUUGUGAAAAUAACGACAAAUUUACAACUCACAAACACAACGAGUUAAUGAGCGCAGCCCUCGAAGUAACACAAGCGUCGCAGCCAAAGUGGACAUUUUAAUCUGCGUAUUAAUGCGCAUUAGUGGCAGCGGUUAGUAGUUGGAAGUAAGGAAAAUGAAUCGUUUACGCACGCAAAAAUUCAAACUAAACACAGAGGCUAGUAAUAACAACAACAACAAUGAAAAUAGCAACAGCACCGUACCUACCAGUGGCCUACUCAACAAGUUGACAAAGCGUUACUCCACGCUCAGUCAUCGCAUUACGCGUCGCCAUAAUGCUGGCCGCAAAGGCAGUUCGCCACAGAAAGUCGCCUCAGGCAGUUACGAUAUGAACGGUGCGCAUUCCGAUGAUCAUCGUUUGGAAAUUGGUGCACCAGUUUUGAUAUCGACCACAACAUUGGACGCCGAUCGUUUCGAUGUGAGUGAGGAGCGCCUGCGCCAGAUUGGCGGUGGUGUGGCUGCCCCCAGUACUAUGGUGCGCACCAUCAAUAUACACUCCUCCUCACCGUAUAUGCCGUCAUCAGGCAGUGAGACGGAAGUAUAUGCAGAUGCGCUAAGUACGCCGCCUGUAACCGACGAGCCAGCUGAGCCGGCUGGUGAAGAGGAGGAAGAAGAAUAUGAACUGGCUUUGAGUACACCAAAGCGACCGCCAGAUGAGGUGGUACCGGCUAGUUUGGUCUCGCGUCCGUAUCUGCAAGUGCCAAUAUUUCCCGUACCAGAAAGUAAGCGUCAUCAAGAUGAGUCAUCCACUUCGACAGAAUCACCUACGAACAGUGAGACUCAGCGUGGUAUUGAUGUGUUGGUGUUAUCACCACCCAAGCCGAGAAUACCGUCGCCACCACCUAAACUGCGUCGACGUCAGCACUCAAAAUCAGCGCAGAAUUUGCAUCGUGCUGAACUGCAGAUUUUUCUGGAGAAGACACCUUCGAUGACUUGUGAUUUGAAUUUGACUGCUCCUGAUCUCGAAAACUGUCGCGAUUUACCGCGUUUACCAGAACUUUUUGGUGUCAGCAAGUGCAGUCUUGCACCCUCCGACUACGAGGAUAAUAACGAUGCUGAUAAGGAAAACUCAUCGCCUUCGGUAGAGCUAUCGCCACUACAAUGCCAAAGUGAUCCGAACACGCCAAUGUGUGCUGAGCAAAAGGUGUCGGGCUAUCUGUCACAGCAGCAUCAUUUCAAAAGUGUGGACUCUCUGAACAUGCGGCGCACGAAUGGAAAGCGACGCGGCGUUAUUUUCUCCAGCAACACUUCGAUCAAUGAAAAUGGUUCGAAGAAUAGUCUGACCAGUCAUGCCAGCACUAUUGAAGAGUUCGAUUUGAAGUCCGUUAGCUGUCAAAGUCUGAAUACGCAAACUUUAUUUGUGUCCAUUGCUGAACUUAACGAGAUUACGCGUCAGAUCAACGAAUCGGAGGAAUUCAACCAGGAAAUCGACUUAGAAUACUGCCAACAUCGCGACAAUCUGAAGCCCAGCGAGCGUCGAAUUACGCUUCUGAAGAAUAAGAAUUCGCGGCUGAUCAGUUUUAACAACAAUAAAGAGAAGCUGAGGAAAGGCUGGCAUGGCGUGAAAAACUGGUUAGGCGAAGAGAGUACGAAGUUGAAGGAAGUGGUGCAGAAGCAGGCGACCUUACAACGCGUCGCCACUUCGAAGAUGAGCCUCAACAAUUCCGAGUGUCGGCAGUCACCUUCGGUGCAUAGCAGCGCGUUAUUGCGCAGUGGUGGCGGCACUAGUCGAGUGAGUGUACCUGUGUUGCGUGACAGCGACACGAGCGCCUGCAGUAACAGCUUGAUACAGUCACCUAGCGGCGCGGCUGGAACAAUAAUAUCUAGUCCAACGUCUGCUUUUGGUGUGAGUACAGAUCAUUUGGUGGAUGGAAGUUGUGUUGGUGGUGGUGGAGGUGAAACGGAGCAAGAAAAUGAUCUAGAGUCUUCAGUUACCCAACGGCCGGCUGAUGAGACAUCAACGGCUACGAAAUGUGCCAAACUAUUAGAGGGCCAAAAUGGUUUCGAAGAACUGCGACGUUACGUGAAGCAAGGUGGCGACUUCGGAAAAGAGCUUAUAAUGAUAUUACAAGAAAGAGUUGAGUGUGAAACUUUAUACUCAAAAUCUCUCUCGAAAAUGGCCAACAAAUUGAACAAAGCUUGCCGUGAAUUGCCCGGCAGCAUCGCCGAUGCUUGGCGUGGUGUGGCUACCGAAAUGGAGAAUCGCAGCGACAUCCAUCGCCAAUUAUCAGCAUCACUCACAGAUGAAAUUGUAAAACCACUCAAAAAUAUUAUCGAAGCACAUCACAAAACCAGAAAGUCGGUUGAGAGCAAUGUCGACAAGGCGGCUCGCACGCUAGCCGAAUGGCGUGUCAGCGAGGCCAAGGCCAAGAAGUCUUCACACACAGCAGCACGCGAGAAUGAAAAGCUGCAAGAUGCUCUGUUGGAUGUACGAAUACAGAAAUCUCCGUCCAUUGCAUUGCUACAUCAGGGUCCCAAUAAACUUGCUGCCGAAAAAGAGAUCAGAUCAGCCGAAAAGGAUUGUGCCAAAUUGGAUAGCAAACGCAAGAAAGCCGAGGAGGCCGUAAAGCGUGCCGAUGUCGAAUACUAUACGCUCUGUAUACGCGCCGAACGCGCUCGUGUCGAUUGGGAAAUGGCCGUGUUGCGUGGCUCCUCGCUGCUGCAGAAUAUCGAGAAUCAGCGUUUGGUUAAUAUGAAAAACUUUAUAGCGAACUAUUCAGGUCUAACAUCCAAUAUGAAUCCGAUUUUGGACGGUUUAAUGCAACGGCUGCAGCCGCAAGUAGAUGCUUGUAAUGUGUCGAAAGAUAUGCAAGUGGUAAAGAAUAUACGCCGCAAUUCCGAGGGCCCCAGCGAACAAUUAUUGCCUGAUUUCUAUUGUGAACACACCACUUUGGCCAUGAAUCGGGAGAGACGCAAGCAUGCGCUCAUCAAGUUGCUGCAACUGGUCAAGGCCGACUUGGAGCGUGAAAGGCGCUCAAGAAACGGAUUGAAGGGACUUUCGAAAUCGCUGAACAAUCAGGACAAUCAGAAUAUCACCGACAAGUUGUAUCAUAUUCGAUCGAUGCUGACCUAUUUAGAGGGCGCACGCUUCAAACUACACUCUGCGCUCUUGGAAUUGGACCACAAGCCCAGAUCAUCACAUCCCUUAGCGCAGCACAUACAGGUUACACGCGAUCGCACCGGCCUCCAACAGAGCGUACUUAAGGUACCACUCUGGCUGAAGAAUAACGAUCGUAUGAGUCAAGACGACAGCACAUCUGUGCAAGAGAACGAAUACGAAUGUGUGCCUCAAUCGAACAACUCAUCGAACGCGAGCUGCACGGAUCUCAGCAAGGAUCUACUCGUACGCAAGUUCAAUCGCAGCAAGAGCAACAUUGAAACGCUCAGCAAUAAGACACAGCUCUGCAUUGCCAGCAUUGAUAAGACAAAGACAAUACCAGCGAAUAUCGAUGAUCCGUAUUGUGAUCGUGGGCAGGCCGAUGGUGGUUCGAAUCAACAAGAUUCAGAUUUUGAUGAAUUCAGCUCGCAAGAUGAUGAUGAUGAGCAAAUGACCACAACCAAUAGUACGGGACGCAAAGAGCAUAAAGCGAUUAUAGAGAAAAGCACAAUGUUGGCAAAUGGCACCGCAACGGCUAUGUCUACGGGAAUGACAGCGACGACGACGACGCCGCCGAUGGUAUACCAGAACUCGGCAGAGGUACACAAUGGUAAUAGCAAUGGCACGCCGGUGAUUCUGAGUAGAUGUAAGGCUCUAUACAGCUACACACCAAAAUUAUAUGACGAGCUCGAAUUGACGCCGGGCGAUAUCAUCGAAGUGCAUGCCAAGCAAGAGGAUGGCUGGUGGCUUGGCGCCUUGGGCAAUCAUGUGGGCAUCUUCCCAGCGACCUAUGUCGAAGAGUUCGCAUGAAGUUCGGUUAUUAAUUGUUAUUAGGUUUAUCUACAAAUGUAAAGUAAAGGAGGCGCAAACAAACUGGUCUAUAGUAUGAAACAGACAAAUGUGCAUAGUAAACGAGGGAAGGCGGCUGAAAACGCAAAGUGGAGUUAAAUGCGUUUACCCUACUUCUGUGUGAAAUCGAAUGCCGCCGCAUUCCUCUCUUUUUUCUUUAGCUAUAACUGGUCUUCCCUACGACUGCCAAAAUGGGUUACAUGUGGUGUAACCCCUGAGUCAAGAACAAUAAGAAGUGUCCUGUCACACCCAAAUUAAUGCUAGGCAAAGAUUACCCAUACCUUAUUGAUGCCUUGAAAAAUUUACAAAAAAAAAUGAAAUGGAAAUAAAUAAAAAAUAAAAAUAAUAUAAAAGUAGUAGUAGACGCCGAGUGCGGCGUGCGAGCUAACGAAAUCGAUUCGUCAAUAAUUUAUAAAAUACGUAUAUGGAAUCUUAUUGAUUUUCUUUCUUUGAAAUGUUUAUUUUAAAAAGUAGUUAGUUUGCUAAGUUUUAAGUUGUUAAAUUGAAUUACUUACUGUGUAUGUGUAUGUAUUUAUAUUUAAUGAAGCGAAUAAUUAACUAAGUCCCACGUCAAUAAUAAAUGUACAUAUGUAUGUAUGUCUGUAUGUAGUCAUACGUAUUCAUGCAUACCUACUGCAAAAAAAUAGGCGCGGCAUAACGGAGUGCAAAGAAAAAGUGCUUGCAAUCAAUUUUUUGGAAUUGAAAUAUUGUUCUGAUACAGUACAGUUAACAAAUAUUAACACUUACAAAUGUAUUUACUUUUAGAUUUGGAAAUAAAAUGUAUUCUUUGAAAUAAUUGAAA